GGGAGGACGUGUCAUUAUGUAGUCGGAUUCAAACAGACCCGAUAGGGCAGAAGAGAAUGACGGUAAUUAUAUAGGCGCUAGCUCACCUCACGGGGAGGACGCACACAGACCAGCAGUCGCGUUACAACAACAAGGAAGUAGCAGCCUGGAAAAAACAACGACGCCUCUAGCUCUCUUUAAAGACCGAUAUAUCUUUAUGAUUUAUUGCUGCGCCUGUAAAGGAGGGCAUAAAGAAAGCCUGAACGACAAGUGCGUACUGGUGAAGAGCGAGGCUCCGAGGCAGCAGCAAGACAUCGAGCAGAAAGCGAGAGAGCGAGGAGACGUCCUUCCCAGGGCGGAGGAGAUGCACGGGGUAGCUGGGGUUCCGGAGAGCCCUCAAGCCGGAGGGUUCCGGCCCGGCCAGGCUCUCUAUGAACCGCGUCAGGCAGCGGCACUGUAUAACCCGAGCCAACUCAGCUUUGACUCUCCGCAGCGCAGACUCGGCAAGCGCGCCCCCAAACUCGGAGACAUUGGGAGAUCCAAGAAAGUUGUGAUUGAGGAUGAAGAAUUGGAUGACAUCCUGAACAACAAUGGCCUUUUCCCUUUGAGUGUUCACCUGACACCUGUUGCCUAGCAACCCCGUGGCCUGCAUCGCCAUCACCAAGCCAAACUACAAAACUACUGCUUCAUUUUGAAAUGCAUCUUUUAAACAAAGGGAAAAGCUCCAAUGCAUCUUUUUGGGCUGUUAUAUUUGUCAAGCAGUGCAUAAAGUAGCCAAACUUCAGUUCUUCAGCCACGGUUUGCACAGUGUGAUCUCCUCUUUAUUUUUACAGUUGAAUACUUGCAUGUCCUUAUCUUUUUAUCAAAACAUUUAUUGCCAUGUUGGUUGGAAUGGGAUGUUUUGUAAUGUACAAAGCUUUGUUAAUUGAUCUUUAUAUUUCUCUAAAAUAAAUAGAUAUAUAUGUAUGCAAUUUGAAGGAAUGUCUAUAAUAAAUGCCUUUUUGAUCUGAAAAA